CCCGCCAAGAUGGCGGCGCCCAUGGAGGCGGCGGGCAGGUUCCGUACCCGGGAUGUGCUGCUGCCCGGCGGCCCCUCCGACUUCGGCUCUCUCCUGCUGUCGCCGCCGGUGCUGGCGGGGCUGGAGGCGGCCGGCUUCCAUCGGCCCUCGCCGGUGCAGCUGAAGGCCAUCCCGCUGGGGCGCUGCGGGCUGGAUCUCAUCGUGCAGGCCAAGUCUGGCACCGGCAAGACCUGCGUGUUCGCCACCGUCGCCCUGGACGCCGUGCUGCUGGAGAGCCCCGCCACGCAGAUCCUGAUCCUGGCUCCCACGAGAGAGAUCGCUGUGCAGAUCCACGCCGUGAUCACGACCAUUGGCAUAAAAAUGGAAGGCUUGGAAUGCCACGUGUUCAUUGGGGGCACUCCUCUGAGCCAGGACAGAAGCAGGCUGAAGAAGUGCCACAUCGCUGUGGGCUCCCCAGGGCGGAUCAAGCAGCUGAUCGAGCUGGACUACCUGAGCACGGCCAGCGUGCGGCUCCUGGUGCUGGACGAGGCAGACAAGCUGCUGGAGGAGGGCAGCUUCCAGGAGCAGGUCAACUGGAUCUACUCCUCCCUGCCCGUCAAUAAGCAGGUGCUGGCAGUCUCAGCCACCUACCCCGAGUCCUUGGCUGCUGCUCUCACCAGGUACAUGAGGGAGCCCACGUUUGUCAGGCUGAACCCCACGGACCCAGCCCUUCUUGGGCUGAAGCAGUACUACAAAAUCGUGAAUUCCCAUCCCCUCCCACACAAAACCUUUGAGGAAAAAACCCAGCACCUGCAGGAGUUGUUCAGCAAGAUUCCUUUCAACCAAGCCUUGGUCUUCUCAAACUUGCACAGCAGGGCUCAGCAUCUGGCUGAAAUACUGACAUCCAGGGGCUUCCCUGCUGAGUGCAUUUCAGGCAACAUGAAUCAAAAUCAGCGACUUGAUGCCAUGGCUAAAUUAAAGCAAUUCCACUGCAGAGUUCUGAUUUCCACAGACUUGACAUCUCGUGGAAUUGAUGCUGAGAAGGUGAACCUGGUCAUCAACCUGGACGUGCCUCUGGACUGGGAGACCUACAUGCACCGCAUCGGCCGCGCCGGGCGCUUCGGCACCUUGGGGCUGGCUGUGACCUACUGCUGCCGUGGGGAGGAGGAGAACACCAUGAUGAAAAUUGCUCAGAAGUGCAACCUGCAGCUUCUUCCUCUGCCAGAGCCAAUCCCCCCUGGAAUGAUGGAGCAGUUUGAGGAUGGGCAGGUGGAAGUUAAACCUGCAAUACCCACGGGACCUGUGGUGAACUGUGACACUGUGUGUCCUAAACCAGAGCAGCCAGUGCUGCAGCCUGUCCAGAAUGGCUUUCCAGACAUACCUCAGCCUCCCUCUAAUCUUCCAAGGGAUAAUUCUUCUGUGGAAAGGCCAAAAAAGACUCCGAAGCCAAAAAAGAUUAAAAAGUGCACAAAUCCUGCAAAUGUAGAGAAAAAUAGAACCCCCCAAACUUCCAGCUGUCACACAGAACAGAGGAACCAAGUCAAAUCCAUCUCCAGGAGGGAUGCACAGCACAGCACUCAGGCUCCAGAUGAGGAGGCCUUAAAAAAAAAUCUUCCCAAAAUUCCAUGCUUGUCUUCUUUCAAAACCCAACUCACCAAUCCCUGGAGCUUCUCAGAUUUUGUUGAAGAUUAUGAUUAUUUCAUUAAAGAAGGGUCUGAGAGAGAGGUGGAGAUUUUAAGAAGUUACUCAGGCCCAGGAGAGCAGCGUGGGCUGCCCAGAAAUGGGGACGUGGAGUGGGAAGAGAUGGAACAUCACCCAGAGACAGCAGCAGAGGAGGUGUCUGCUGACAGCGAUGGCUCAGAGAGCUCCAGGGGUUCCUUCAGCAGGGCCAAUACAGGCUCAGAGAGCUCCAGGGGUUCCUUUAUCAGCAGGGCCAAUGAUGGCUCAGUCAGCUCCAGGGGUUCCUUUAUCAGCAGGGCCAAUGAUGGCUCAGUCAGCUCCAGGGGUUCCUUUAUCAGCAGGGCCAAUAAAGGCUCAGGCAGCUCCAGGGGUUCUUUUAUCAGCAGGGCCAAUGAUGGCUCAGAGAGCUCCAGGGGUUCCUUUAACAGCAGGGCCAACAACUCCUGCUCUGAGGCCUUUUCAGACACACAGGAGCCAAGCCCUGUGUCCCCAGCACGCCGGGGGCCCCCAGGUUUCUGUCCCACACCGGAGAAGCCUUGGGAGCCAUCCCAUGGCCCCAGGAAGAAGGAAGUGACAAAGAAAGUCCCAAAACAAAAUGCUAAAGCCAGGAAAAGCCACGGGCAUCAAUUCUGCAGUCCUGCCACGAGCAGAGCUGAAGAGGAGCAGAGCUGCAGCUCCUGGGGUGAUGCUGCCCACGAGGGCUGGAGCUCUGAGCACUACUGGAGAUGUUACUACCAGGCCUGGCAGAGCUACUGCUCAGCAGUGUCCCACUACAGCAGGAGCUACUGGCACCUGAGCUGCCUCAGUGCCUACCACACCAACUCAGUCUAUCUCCAGGAGCUGCUGAGAGAUGGGGACUGAUCUCUGAUGCUGCUGGCUGGGACCAGGGCUGUGACAGCAGGGCUGCUCUGAAGGACACUGACAAGAGACAGAUGUUGUUUGAGAUGGAGAAAAUGGUGUCAUUUUAUAAGCAGCUGUGUCUGGUGAGUGUUUUACACAGGUCCAGUGAUGGUGUUACAGUUUGUUAAUAAAAGGAAAAGAAAGACA